AUGGCCACCACGGCUUCCAACCCCUAUCUGUCCAGCAAUAGUAUCCUCUCGUCCGGCUCGAUCGUGCAUUCUGACUCUGGAGGCGGUGGUAUGCAGCCGGGCAGUGCUGCGGUUACCUCGGUGUCUGGUGGGUACAGGGGAGACCCCACAGUAAAGAUGGUACAGAGUGACUUCAUGCAGGGAGCUAUGGCAGCGAGCAACGGAGGACAUAUGUUGAGCCAUGCUCAUCAGUGGGUGACAUCCCUGCCGCACGCCGCCGCUGCGGCAGCUGCAGCCGCUGUAGCAGCAGCCGAAGCCGGAUCGCAUUGGUCGUCGAGUCCCGUCGGUAUGACAGGCAGCCCUCAGCAGCAGGACGUGAAAAACAACUCGGGAAGAGACGAUCUACACACGGGCACCGCGUUGCACCACAGGCCCCCACACUUAGGUCCUCAUCAGACUCACGCAGGGGCUUGGGGGAGCACAACUGCGGCUCACCUCAACUCGAUAUCAGGGGGACAGCAGCAGCAGCAGUCGCUGAUCUACUCCAACCCCGGGGGCUUCACGGUGAAUGGAAUGCUCAGCCAACCAGGGAGCCAGAGCCUGGUGCACCCGGGUCUGGUAAGGGGGGACACCCCAGAGCUGGACCACGGCAGCCACCAUCACCACCAUCACCACCAGCAUCCGCAUCACCAGCAGCAACACCACGGAGGGGUGAACAACCACGACCAGCACUCCGACGAGGACACACCGACCUCGGACGACUUGGAGCAGUUCGCCAAGCAGUUCAAACAGCGCCGGAUCAAACUAGGCUUUACGCAGGCGGACGUGGGCUUGGCCCUGGGCACCCUGUACGGGAACGUCUUCUCUCAGACCACCAUUUGUCGGUUUGAAGCUCUCCAGCUCAGCUUCAAAAACAUGUGCAAGCUGAAGCCAUUGCUAAACAAAUGGCUGGAGGAGGCGGAUUCUACCACUGGCAGCCCGACCAGCAUCGACAAGAUAGCGGCACAAGGUAGGAAGCGAAAGAAGCGCACGUCCAUCGAAGUAAGCGUGAAGGGAGCUUUGGAGAGCCACUUCCUGAAAUGCCCCAAACCCUCGGCCCAAGAGAUAACCUCACUAGCGGACAACUUGCAGCUGGAGAAAGAAGUGGUUAGAGUGUGGUUUUGCAAUAGGAGACAGAAGGAAAAAAGGAUGACGCCCCCAGGAGUGCCACAGACGCCGGAGGAUGUGUACUCGCAGGUCGGCAAUGGACAUUUUUUAGUAGAUUACUUAAAAGAUGCAAGUUUAACUGGGCCGAGUGAACCGACCGACCAGAGGGUGACUACAAGUUCGUUCCAUCAGGUAAUUUUGGCGCAUUAA